UUAUUUUAGAUUAAUGAAAAAAUAACCUAAAAAAAAUUGUUUGUCAAAAAAGGGGGAUUUGUAGAAGUGUGCCGGGAUUGAAACCGCAGCUGGACGACGGCGUACCCUUCUGCGACUGAGACAUGGAAAACGACGACGUUGAUAUGAUCGGCGCCGAUAACAACGAAGCCGAUUUGGAUGAUAUGAAGAAGCGGUUGAAGGAAAUGGAAGAUGAAGCUGCUGCUUUAAAGGAGAUGCAGGCUAAGGUCGAGAAAGAAAUGGGAUCUGUUCAAGAUCCCGCUAAUGCUUCUGCAAGUCAGAUUAAUAGAGAGGAAGUUGAUGCUCGAUCAAUCUUUGUGGGCAAUGUGGACUAUGCAUGUACUCCUGAAGACGUGCAGCAGCAUUUCCAAUCGUGUGGUACUGUAAACCGUGUUACUAUUCGCACUGAUAAGUUUGGCCAACCCAAGGGUUAUGCUUAUGUAGAAUUUGUCGAAGUAGAAGCUGUUCAAGAGGCUCUUUUGUUGAAUGAAUCUGAACUACAUGGACGUCAAUUGAAGGUUACUGCUAAGAGGACCAAUGUACCUGGGAUGAAACAAUUUCGUCCCCGCCGGCCUAGUAAUCCUUACAUGGGAUUUCGAGGUAGAACUCCAUAUGCACCUCCUUUUGCCUAUGCUCCCGCUCCUUAUGGAUACGGAAAAAUACCAAGGUUCAGAAUGGGGAUGCGUUACAGCCCCUACUAUUGAAUGCCAAGUCUGCUAAAAUGGAUUUAUUGAUUAUUGGAUGAGUGGACAUAAUACCCUACACCCUCACUUGUUAUCAUGGCUGAUGCUUUGGCCUCUAAUGAGAGUAUUAUCUGACCGCCUAGACUGAGGUGGUUUGUUAUAUGAAGAUUGAACAUAUUUAUAACAGUGAACCUUGUAAACUUACGGUGUUUUUUCUUGUGCUUUUGCUUUAGUGUUUAUAUAUAUUCAGAUGUUCUUUGUAAAAUUAUCCAUCGUAAAAAUGGCUUAUUAAUAUAUGGGGUUUACAUUUGCUUAUUCCCA